AUGUCUGGUCGCGGCAAGGGCGGGAAGGGUCUGGGCAAGGGAGGCGCUAAGCGCCACCGCAAGGUUCUGCGCGAUAACAUCCAGGGCAUCACCAAGCCCGCCAUCCGCCGCCUGGCCCGCCGUGGGGGUGUGAAGCGCAUCUCCGGCCUCAUCUACGAGGAGACCCGCGGGGUGCUGAAGGUGUUCCUGGAGAAUGUGAUCCGGGACGCGGUCACUUACACCGAGCACGCCAAGCGCAAGACGGUCACCGCCAUGGACGUGGUCUACGCACUGAAGCGUCAAGGACGGAGGCAUCAGUCUAUUGUCCAAUCAAGACGCGAGGGUCCCUAUAUAUAUUGGGACGCCUGGCUGCGCUCACUUGCGUUAAGUAAUUGGCGCUAUUUCUUCAUGGCUCGCACAAAGCAGACGGCUCGCAAGUCUACCGGCGGCAAGGCGCCGCGCAAGCAGCUGGCCACCAAGGCGGCCCGUAAGAGCGCGCCGGCCACGGGCGGCGUGAAGAAGCCGCACCGCUACCGGCCCGGCACGGUGGCCCUGCGCGAGAUCCGCCGCUACCAGAAGUCCACGGAGCUGCUGAUCCGCAAGCUGCCGUUCCAGCGGCUGGUGCGCGAGAUCGCGCAGGACUUCAAGACCGACCUGCGUUUCCAGAGCUCGGCCGUGAUGGCGCUGCAGGAGGCGUGCGAGGCCUACCUGGUGGGGCUCUUCGAGGACACCAACCUUCUUCAGGCUUUGAGCAUGUCUGGUCGCGGCAAAGGCGGGAAGGGUCUGGGCAAGGGAGGCGCCAAGCGUCACCGCAAGGUUCUGCGCGAUAACAUCCAGGGCAUCACCAAGCCCGCCAUCCGCCGCCUGGCCCGGCGUGGGGGUGUCAAGCGCAUCUCCGGCCUCAUCUACGAGGAGACCCGCGGGGUGCUGAAGGUGUUCCUGGAGAACGUGAUCCGGGACGCGGUCACCUACACCGAGCACGCCAAGCGCAAGACGGUCACCGCCAUGGACGUGGUCUACGCACUCAAACGCCAGGGACGUACUCUCUACGGUUUCGGCGGCUGA